CCCUGUGAGUGAUGUCUGCUGAAAAACAGCAACAUGCAUAGGUCUUACACACUCCUUGCUUUUGGCAGGAAUGGAUUCACUCCAUAUUGCUGCAGUUACUCUCUCUCUCUCUUUCUCUCACUGUGUAUCUGUGUCUAUGUUCUAGCUUAGUCUGCUGAAUGAGUGAUACCAUCCUUUUUUGUUUUGUUUUCUUGUGGUGCUAGGGAUGGAACCCAGGGCUUUGCUCAUGCUAAGCAAGCACUCUACCGCUAAGCUAUAUCCCCAGCCCUCAGUUUUUGCUUUUAAUUGAAAUUUAACCUGCAUUGGAGAGCAUGUCUUUAGCCAGGCAUGUUGGCUCAUGCCUGUAAUCUCAGCACUAGGGAGGAUGAGUUAGGAGGAUCAUAAGUUCCAGGCCAACCUGAGCUAUACAGUGACACUCUGUCUCAAGAAAAAGGAAACACAACAACAAAAAAUCCUAGCAACAGCCUGGUGAGGUAGCUUAUGACAGUAAUACCAACUACUUGAGAGGCAGAGAUAGGAGAUUGCAGUUCAAGAUGGGAGAAAAGUUAGACCCUAUUUCAAAGAACAAGCCACGCAUGGUGGGACAUUCUAUAGCCUCAGCUAUAUAGGAGGUGUAGAUAGGAGGUUUCUAUUCCAAGGCCAGUUGGACCCUGUCACAGAUCCUAAGUGUUCACAUGUGUGUGUCAUCACAAGCACACACCUGGGUGACCCCUACCUGGAGAAGACCAAGAUGGUCUGCCCCUGGAACCCUCACACCUACAUCCUCUCUCUCUCCAGUUUCCAAGGUGUCCACUGUCCUCAUCCCUGAGGCCAUGAGUCCCCUUCAUAUAACUGACACUGUACUUUGGAAUAUAUUUGGGGGAUGCCCAUGGUUCCUGGCCACCAUGCUUUCCCAUGAGUGGAAUUUUCAGAGUUUAUUCCUCUAAGCCCUUGAGCCUGAAAGUACCAGAUUUGGUUUUCCUCUGUCACAUCCAGAACCACAGCCAUUGUCCUCAGGCACACCCCCUUCCCAUGAAGUUCUGUAGGAAGGUAGCAUUCUGUGUCUAACCUCACCAGGCAUCGCAGUAAUCAGGGACAUGCCAUCAGGGAGCAGUCACCUUGACAAGGACUAACUGACCAUCACUGGGUGGGCGGGCCAGCCAAGGGCUGGGCGCCUGCAUGUGAUGUUGACAUUUGUGUUCUUUAACGCUUUGCUGUCCUGAGCUAGGGGCCACCUGUCAGUAGCAAAGUGCAACUUUGUUGCAGAUGCGCGGAAGCCUCACCUGGGAGCUCUAGUGAGUACAGACCAGGUGAUCCUCUUCCUGGUCCUCGCCCACACCCACACCCCCCCUUCAGAGUUCCCACGCCUGGCAGGGGCAGGGAGGGCAUGAGGCAAACUGGCCUCAUAGGUCCUGGGCUGGGGGCUCCAUUUGGGCUGGUGUAGAAGAGUUGGCCCCUUGUGGAUAUGGGGGAGAGGGGAUCUUUGUGUGGGCGUCUCCCAGCCCUGUGUGUAAACAGUCACGUUCCCAGGGAUUCAUGCUUUCCAUCCAUCCUCAGAUGUCAUCCCAAGACGUUAAGAGCCUCAACUCUAGGCAUUACAGGGCACGUUUCACCCCAUACAUGGUCCCCCAGACUCCCAGGCAGUGGGGGUUCCUUACAGGUCCAGGCUCUGCCUGUUGGAGGAGUCCAGUUGGGCUAAGCCUGACAUCUGAGCUGCCUGGACCUGGGCACUCAACAUUGUCUGUGCUAUGCAGAGAGUUAAAGAUGCCAUUCAAAGCGUGACCAUGGAAGGGACAGCUCCACUUCACAGCAGUUAUGCCAGCAGCCCUCUUAGUGCCAGAGCUGGGCUGCAGGAGGAUAGAAGUGUCCCAGUAGAGGCCCCAGGACUUUGAAGGGAGAGAGAAACCUCAUGUCACAGAGACUUGGCCCAAGCUGGGCUCAUGGUGUUAGUAUCUGAUUAAGGCCCAAUGAGGGGUUUUGCUUUUCUCCUCUGAAAAUCCCCUUCUCCCUGUCAAGUACUGGCAGAGCUGGAUGGCCAAGUUAUGAAGUGCUGAGGGGAGCUGCUACCAGGCACACCUGUGGCCAGCAGCUCCUCAGCAGUGGUUACUCUGUGGCGGUCCCUUGGGCAGAGAUGGAACAUUUUUUUCCUAAUAACACUUUUGUGUGACUACAUUCCCCAGUGGGAGUCCACCGCUCUGGUGGAGAGAAUUGGACAAGGUUCCAGGGACUGCUUGGCUGUUCCCCAUGAGAGCAUUCCCCAGCAGCACCCCCACCUGCCCUCACCUCCACCAACAGCCACCCCUGCCUCUGGAGAAGACAGCGUUGACAGCGUUGGCCAUGUUACAGAGCACCUCUGAGCUUUGGUCUUCCCAUGUUGGAACUGAGUCCACCUCACUGGGGGCUCCAAUGCCCAGGGAGAAUGAGGGCAAGGCCCCAGCUCCCGUGCUGCAGGCACAGAGAGUGCUCACCCUGUGCCCUGGCUGCAGUAACAAUCAUUUUGGAGUCUGAGCCAAGGGAAUCAGCUCCUGAGGAUGUGAUUUGACCUAGUUUCCACCAUCCCAGUGGCUCGGAGUCAAGUUCAGAGAGUAUCCCUCCCACUGUGCAACUGCAGAGCCUGUGUUUCAACAGCAGAGAUAGGCUCUCAUCAACAAAGAGCCCUUUGACACACGAGAGGGCCUGAUCCGUGUCUCUGGCCCCAGAGUUGCUGCUGUGGGUCUCCAGGAAGACUGUCAGUCAUUCUGUCUCUGUUGUUGACUCACAGUCACAGCUCUCACAAGGAACUUCUGGCAGGAAUCAGGCCGGAGUGGAGCUGUGACCCAUUGCUGCUGACACCUGUUGCCCCACUGCCUGCCCCGAUGAGGAAAGUCAGUGAUAGGACACCAAGUGGCAAGGCUUUUUGGCCUCAGCCAUGGUUUGGGACAUUAGCGAUUCAGUGGGAUGACAGAUGUCACCCAAACAACAGGUUGGCCCUGUUGUAAUUCCCUACUGUAAUGCACUGUGCUGUGUGGUGAAGAUGAGGCUCCACUCAAUUUGUCUGGGAUCUUGGGGACCUCCUAGUCCAUCUGCAGCUAGCCAUGCUUGUAGCUAUUUGCCCACAAACACCCAAACCAGCCCCUCCAUAGAAUCCCCAAAACUACUCGACUCCCUGCCUCGUGUGCACCAGGCCAGGGGAACUGGGUGCUGUGGCCACACCCAUUGCCUCUCACUGGGCCGGUCCUUGCAGGUGCGGCUGCAGGUGCAGAGCGUGGAGAAGCCCCAGUACCGUGGGACGCUGCACUGCUUCCAGUCCAUCAUCAAGCAGGAGAGUGUGCUGGGCCUGUACAAAGGCCUGGGCUCACCCCUCAUGGGGCUCACCUUCAUCAACGCACUGGUGUUUGGGGUACAGGGCAACACCCUCAGAGCCCUGGGCUGCGACUCCCCGCUCAACCAGUUUCUGGCAGGCGCUGCAGCAGGUGCCAUCCAGUGUGUCAUCUGCUGCCCCAUGGAGUUGGCCAAGACGCGGCUGCAGCUGCAGGACACGGGCUCCGUGCGCACCUACAAGGGCUCCCUGGACUGCCUGGCUCAGAUCUACCAGCAGGAGGGUCUGCGCGGGAUCAACCGUGGCAUGGUGUCCACGCUGCUGCGGGAGACACCCAGCUUCGGGGUCUACUUCCUCACCUAUGACGUGUUGACACGCGCCCUGGGCUGCGAACCAGGGGACCGGCUACUGGUGCCCAAACUGCUACUGGCAGGAGGCACGUCAGGCAUCAUGUCCUGGCUGUCCACCUACCCAGUAGAUGUGGUCAAGUCACGGCUACAGGCUGACGGGCUACAGGGUGCCCCGCGCUACCGAGGCAUCCUUGACUGCGCACACCAGAGCUACCAGGCAGAGGGCUGGCGUGUGUUUACGCGUGGACUGGCCUCCACCCUGCUGCGUGCCUUCCCGGUCAAUGCUGCCACCUUCGCCACCGUGACAGUGGUGCUCACCUAUACACGGGGCGAAGACAACCGAUCAGAGGGUGAGGCUACGUCCACUGCCCCGCGGCCAGCCCUGGCCCAGCCAUCUAGUCUGUGAUGGUUGUCUUCACCCUCCCUCCCCAGGGUGGCUUUGCUGAAACAGACAAAGAGGUAAAGCGGCCCCUUAGCAGAUCUUCCUGCUCACCAGAGGGUGCCCUCGGCUGGGAACUUUGUUAAUCAACUGUGAAAUGGGGACUCGCAUACAGUCAGGAAGUCAUAAACGUCAGGGGCAAUACCCCUGCAGCCCAGCACUGGCUUACCAGUGCUCUGUGCCUGGAACUGUCACUCAGGAUCUCCUCCAAACAGCCAGACACUCCAGUUUAGCCUCCCACUCUCUGCCUCCAAGGGGUCUCUGAUGAGCCACCAACAGGCUCCCAGGGACUGGCCAGCUCCCCAGAUCUUCUACUUGCCAGAGCUCCAGGGAGACCUUGGCCACCUCUCUUGUCUUUUUAGUGACAAAGGGUCUCUUGGAGCACUCCUGGUGGAACAGAAUAAAGUCCUCUACCUGUGCACCCAGCUGUUCACCUCCCACUGCAGAGCAACCCAGGCCCCUGGGUGAGGGAGCAGACAGGUCAGUAGGAUGAGGACACCACAGUGAAGUAAGUUGUGAUAUGGCUGUGACAAGGAGAAGUCCUUUCACCUGGGCCUCAGGCUACUGUUCUGUAAAAGGGGUUAGCUGAUGUCUGGGUCACUCCCACCAGCCAACGGCUCAGGAGAGAGCAGUGUGGUAUCCACAGGCUGAAGAGCUUGGAUCACCAAGCCAAAGGUCUACUUCUCUGAUCCCCAGCAAUAGUGUCUCUCCAGGUAUUCUGGUCUCCCUAGUGCCUAAUGUUCCUGUGAGGACACAGAUUGGGCCCCUCCAAACUGAGGAAUGUGACAAGCACUCUCAGGAGGCAGCUUGUGCCUAGCAAAGAUAAGACUCCAGCUCUGUGCACCCCAGGGUCAUUUCUGGAAAUAAAGUCUUCAUUGUUUCUGAGUGAGUGAGUUGGCUCCUCUGCGCAUUGUGCCAGGGACUUCAUUUGGCCUUCCUGUGCGGCUCAGGAGAGAGCAGUGUGGUAUCCACAGGCUGAAGAGCUUGGAUCACCAAGCCAAAGGUCUACUUCUCUGAUCCCCAGCAAUAGUGUCUCUCCAGGUAUUCUGGUCUCCCUAGUGCCUAAUGUUCCUGUGAGGACACAGAUUGGGCCCCUCCAAACUGAGGAAUGUGACAAGCACUCUCAGGAGGCAGCUUGUGCCUAGCAAAGAUAAGACUCCAGCUCUGUGCACCCCAGGGUCAUUUCUGGAAAUAAAGUCUUCAUU